AUGAAGGUUACUAUUCAUUGGAAUAGGAUUUUUGGUCUUCUAUUAGCAAUAAUAGUUGUUUUAAUUGCAAUUAUAUGUUUUAAAUUAAUAAAUAAAUCAAAUCAAUUUGAUCAUCAAGAUAUUGGUCAAUGUGAUAUGCAUGAAGCACAAGAAAUUAUUGAUAAUCUUUGUGAAUUAUACUCUCUUGGUCAAGUAACUGGUUCUCAAUGUUCAUCAUUAUGUAAUAAUAAUGCAACAAUAAAAUUAGCUCAAUGUUUAUCAUUAUCUGACUCAAAGAUUGUAUUACUUAUGUCAAUGAAUACAUCAUCGUAUGUUGUAUUAAAAUCUAAACGUCGUUAUUUUGAUCGUCAAUAUACAGAUUUAUUAUUUCAUGAUCCAAUUGUAUCAAUUCCAUCAGCUCUUAAGACAUUUUAUGAUAUAAUUAAUUCAACAUUAGAAGGACAUAUGGGUAGUUCAAUAACUAAUUUAACACAUGAACAUUUAAUACGUCGUUUAUUUCGUCACGACCGUAUUGAAAAUUCAGUUAUUUUAUUAGAAAAAUUUGAUGAUGUUAUUGUUAAAUAUAAUGAUUAUUAUGAACAUAAUCUUGCAUUAUCAUUAACAACAGAACUUAAUACAUUGUUUUCCUUAAUGACACAACAUGAAUUUUUAUUAUCAAACUAUUAUCGUUCAAAACAUGAAUUAAUGCCAAAAAUUCUUGGUUGGUGUGGUCAUACAUAUUUAACAGAACAUUUAACACCACUUAAUCAUCCAAUGAUUGAAGAACAAUUAUAUUCUGAUACAUGGAUACCAAAAGCUUGGUUAACUAAUCGUUUACUUCAACUUGUUGAUAGUUUUGAUAAUGAACUUCAUGCUCCACUUCAUUUAUGUGAUUUUCAAUUAUCUAAUUUGGGUAUAAGUGAAAAUGGUAAUAUUAAAUUACUUGAUUCAGAUAUGGCUUAUUUUGAUCGUUUAAUUCCAUUGUAUCCUCCUGAUAAAUGUCGUAAACAUUCCGAUUGUUCAUAUUUUGAUUGCUCAGGUUAUUGUGAUAAACGUACACGUCGAUGUCAUCUUAAACGUCGUAUUAAUAAUAAUUUACAAGUAUUAUGCGAUAAGAUUCUUACAAAGUUAUUAAAAUCUGAAACAAUUCCAUUACGAUUACAUGAUGUACUUUUAUCCUAUGUUAAAAAAUGUUCAUCACCACCUGGUCGUUAUAAACGAUCAAAUGAAUUAAAAGUGGGUGCAUCAUCACGUUUACUUCGUUUAAUGCAAGUUAUGCUUGAUGGUGAAUUAAGAUCUGCUAAUAUAACCUCAACAAAAUUUUGUAUGGCUGAUGAGAGUGUAGAACGUUUUGAAAUUGAACGUAUUGUUGAUAAACGAUAUAGAAAUAAUCAAUUAGAAUAUCUUAUUAAAUGGCGAGGUUAUCCAGAUAGUCAAAAUACAUGGGAACCUUCAAGUAAUAUUGAAGGUGAACAAGAAGCAGAUCUACUUGCUGAAUAUGAAGCAUUUAAUAAACAUCAACAACAGAAAAUAAUGAAUUCAGGAUCACGUCCGGCAAUGAAUACUCAAUCUCCAAAUAAACGUAGAAAUGAUGAAAUGAUAAAUUCUGGUUUAAAGAAACGACCAUUAGGAGUAGGUAAUAAUAUGCAAUCAGUACAUACUCCAACAGGUUUUGAACGAGGAUUUGAAGCAGAAAAAGUUUUAGGUGCAACAGAUUCAGCAGGUGAACUUAUGUUACUUGUUAAAUGGCGUCAAUCAGAUGAAGCUGAUCUUGUUCCAGCACGUAUUGUGAAUAUGAGAUGUCCAUCAUUGGUUAUAGAUUUUUAUGAACAGCAUUCUUUUUGGAAGCGUUUACCAACGUUAAAUCAAAGUACUUGA